UUUGGGCUAAUUUCGAUCUGUGUUCGUGCUCCCGUCUAUAUCCAACACGGAUUAUAUAUAUAGACAAAGAAGUCCAGUUAACGUUACGCAAUUGAAAGUGUGUUUGUGAACGUACGGGAGUGUUUGUGUGUGUGUGUGUAAUCCGCCCGCCUGCCCCUCUCUGCAGUCGGACAAAAUGCAGCACGAUCUCUAUCGAUGGGCGUCCACAAGUCAUCAGUAAAUUAAAACCAAAGAAAGGGAGACGCUAGUGAGUGAACGGCACAGCAAAGCACGCGAAGGAACGGGCCAAAAGAAGAGCCAGAGAGAACAUCAGCUGGAUAGGCUUCGACACCUCGAAUUCGGACUCCGAUCGGGGGACUCGACUCGGUCCCAACAUGGCCGCCGCGCACAGCCACCACAACGCCAAUCUCCUCAGCUCGGACAUCUCGCGGCGCAAUCCGCAGGAUGAAUACGAGCUCAUUCAGAAGAUUGGCUCCGGCACCUACGGCGACGUAUACAAGGCGAAACGAAUACAGAGCAAUGAGCUGGCCGCCAUCAAGGUCAUCAAGCUGGAGCCCUCCGAUGACAUACAGAUCAUCCAGCAGGAGAUCAUAAUGAUGCGCGACUGCCGGCACCCGAACAUCAUCGCCUACUACGGGUCGUACCUGCGGCGGGACAAGCUCUGGAUCUGCAUGGAGUUCUGCGGCGGCGGCAGCCUGCAGGACAUCUACCAGGUGACGGGACCGCUAUCCGAGAACCAGAUCGCCUACAUGUGCCGCGAGACGCUCAAGGGCCUGGAGUACCUGCACUCCAUGGGCAAGAUGCACCGCGACAUCAAGGGCGCCAACAUCCUGCUCACGGAGUACGGGGACGUGAAGCUGGCCGACUUCGGGGUCUCGGCCCAGAUAACGGCCACGAUCAACAAGCGGAAGAGCUUCAUAGGGACACCCUACUGGAUGGCACCCGAGGUGGCCGCCGUGGAGCGCAAGGGCGGCUACAAUCAACUAUGUGAUAUUUGGGCCUGUGGCAUCACGGCAAUCGAGCUUGCUGAACUGCAGCCACCGAUGUUCGAUCUGCAUCCGAUGCGAGCCCUGUUCCUGAUGUCGAAGAGCGGCUUCAAGCCGCCCACACUGGGCAACAAGGACAAGUGGAGUCCCACAUUCCACAACUUCAUCAAGACGGCGCUGACGAAGAACCCCAAGAAGCGACCCACCGCCGAGCGCCUGCUGCAGCAUCCCUUCGUCCAGUGCGAGAUGUCGCUGCGUGUGGCCAAGGAGCUGCUCCAGAAGUACCAGAGUCCCAAUCAGCAGUUCUACUACUAUCUCGACGGCGAGGAGGAGACGGUGGCCAGUGUUCCGCAGCGGAUACCCAGCAAGAUGACAUCACGCACCAAUGGAGUUCCAGCCCAGAAUCACACGCUGAAAACAGCCAUGACGACAAACUCCAUGUGGAACGAGCGAUCCUCUAGUCCCGAGACGUUACCCAGCGACAUGAGCCUCUUACAGUAUAUUGAUGAGGAGCUAAAGCUAAGAGCCACUCUGCCAUUGCACGACACGGGAUUGAAAGAUUCCAUCGGCCCCGAGUGCAGCUGCUCCUCCCACAACGGGAUAGUUGGCGUAGGAAGAGGUGGAGGAGGAGUAGCAGGAGGAGGCGGAGGUGGAGGUGGAGGCGGGGCAAACGGUAGCAGCAGCGGAGGCGGUGGCAGUGCCCAAUAUGGAGGCGGAGUCGCAGUCGGAGUCGGAGGAGGCAAUCAUCACCAGCAGCCCCACACCCACCAUCAUCAUUAUCAUCAACUGCAGCAGCAGCAACAGCAGCAUCCACAGCCACAGCUACAACCACAGCAAGCACAUCAGCAAUCGCAUCAGCAUCCACAGCAUCAGCAUCUCCAUCAGCUCCAUCAGCAGCAAUCGACCACCGCUUUGACAUCGUCCAGCACCAGCAGCGCCUUGGCCACCUCGGCGGCCCACAAUCCCAAUUGCAACUCGACCCCCAUCAGCUCCUCCGCCUCGCUGGCCUCGAUGCCGGAUCUGAGCUCCUAUCUGGGCCUGGGCCUGGGCAUGGGCGUGGGAAUGGGCAUGGGCCUGGGCCUGGGAUUCUCCAAUCUCCGCACAACGAGCAUUGGCGAUGGGGACGACGACGGCCUGGUGGAUGUUGACAUUGCCAUGAAUAACGCUGCUCCAACGACCUCGGCUGCUGCCGCCGCCGUCCCAGGUUCAGGUUCGGGAGCGGGCACGGUUACUGGGUCCGGCUCUGGGUGCUCCGCCUCUGCCGCGCAUUACCUGAGGCACAGCAGCAAUUAUCGCUCCGCUGCGGCUGCGCAGGCGUCUCAGACCGCCCAUCCUGCCCCCUCGCCGGCGUCUGCGAAUCCGAACGCGAACGGGCAUGGGCACGGUCAGGGCCAGGGCCAGGGCCAGGGCCAUGGCCACGGCCACGGGUUGAUCUCAUCCAGCAUAUCGUCCUCCGCGUCAUCAGCUUCGUUUUAUAAUCGCCUACUACUCCUCGAUAAUUCCAGCGGCGAUGCAGUUGGCGGCAGCGGCGGAGGUGGAGGCGGCGGCGUCGCCGGCGGCAGCUGCGGUGUCGGUGCCACCAACGGUGUCGAGGCCGAUGCCACACCCCCGCCUGUGACGCAAUCGAUCGGCGACGGCUUCAUGCAUUCCAGCUGCCCCACGGCCAGCCUCGGAGCAGCGGCGGCGGCCGACGACGCUGCGGCCAGCAGCUCCUCGCAUCUCUACCAGAAUCUGCUAAGAAGCAGCUCUGGAGAGACACCCGGCAGUGGAGCGGCGGGCUCCUCAGCGGGCACCAACUGUGAUUACCGGCACGAGAGCAACCAGAACGGGCUGGAAGACUCGCCGCGGCGGCAUAGCUCCAUGGACCAGUUGAUCGGUCUGCUCAAUGACAUGGGAAAGUCUUCGCGGACACGCAGCCUCAGUGAUGGUGGCACCCAGGACGACGAAGAAGUGGAGAAGGAGGCGCAACCAGAUCUGCUGAACAACACACCUCCUGUGCCGCCGAAGCGUUCGCACAAGCGUCGCCACACGCCGCCCAGGCCCAUCUCCAACGGACUGCCGCCCACACCCAAGGUGCAUAUGGGCGCCUGCUUCUCGAAGAUAUUCAAUGGCUGCCCCCUGCGAGUGCACUGUACCGCCUCGUGGAUCCAUCCAGAGACGCGGGACCAGCACCUGCUGAUCGGCGCCGAGGAGGGCAUCUACAACCUGAAUAUGAACGAGCUCCACGACGCGGCCAUCGACCAGCUGUUCCCGCGCCGCACCACCUGGCUGUAUGUGAUCAAGGACGUCCUAAUGAGUCUGUCUGGCAAGUCCUGCCAGCUGUACAGGCACGAUCUGGUGGCUCUGCAUUCCAAGCAGACGGUACGAUUCUCGCUGCACAUGAACAAGAUCCCCGAGCGGCUGGUGCCCAGGAAGUUUGCCCUCACCACCAAGGUGCCAGACACAAAGGGCUGCACCCAGUGCUGCGUCACAAGGAACCCCUACAACGGAUACAAGUAUCUGUGCGGGGCGACGCCCAGCGGCAUCUUCCUGAUGCAGUGGUACGAUCCGCUGAACAAGUUCAUGCUGUUGAAGCAGUGCGAGUGGCCGGCCAUCAGCAUCCUGGGCGGAGGUCACGGCUGCGUUCAGAACGGACACACGCCCGUCUUCGAGAUGAUCAUCACGCCGGAGCUGGAGUACCCCAUUGUGUGCACGGGAGUGCGCAAGGCGAUGAACGGCUGCCUCAAGCUGGAGCUGAUCAACAUGAACAGUGCCAGCUGGUUCCACUCGGAGGACCUGGAGUAUGACGCCAUGGCCACGAUGGUGCCGCGACGCGACCUCCUGAAGGUGGUGCGUGUGCACCAGGUGGAGAAGGACGCCAUUCUCGUCUGCUAUGGCAAUGUGAUGCAGGUGGUCACGCUCCAAGGCAACCCCAAGCAGCACAAGAAGAUGGUAUCGCAGCUUAACUUUGACUUUAACGUAGACAGUAUUGUUUGCUUACCAGACAGCGUUUUGGCAUUCCACAAGCACGGCAUGCAGGGGAAGUCGCUGCGCAAUGGUGAGGUGACGCAGGAGAUCAAGGACAUGAGUCGCACCUACCGGCUGCUGGGCAGCGACAAGGUUGUUGCCUUGGAGAGUCAGCUGCUUAGGACUGGCUCCCUGGGCAGUGAGGAGGGACACGAUCUGUACAUUUUGGCCGGCCACGAGGCCAGUUACUAGGCGCCCGCAUAAUCCACUUGUUAUAUUUUAAAUAUAAUACGCUACACAAUA